CUGUUGUAAUGACGUCAUCAUACUGAUGACGUAUUUAUAGUCAACAAUCAUGGAGGCUAUGAAACGAGUUUUGAGACAGAUUGACAAUUUUAGAAGACAAAGAAGAGGAAGAAGAGGAGGUAAACCCAUCCAAUGUAAAAAAACACUCCUCAGAAAAAGAUGUGACUGAACAGAAAAGCGGAGAUCUCUGGGUGGGAUCUCGCGAGGAGAGACGGCGGCGACGUCAGACGGAAGAGGAGGCGCUUGGAGAGGAUGCGGACACUGACCUCGAGCUGGAUGAGGAGAAGUCAGAGUUCGACGUGACAGGUCGCGCGACGUACCUGAACGCAUGCCGGGCGCUAGGUGUUGUUCCGGUCUCCUACUUCCUGCGUCACAUGACCGACCGACGCCUCUCCCUGGCGCACCACGGGCUCGGGGCCGUCGGCAUGAAGGCGCUGUCUUACUCACUCAUGAACAAUACUUUCAUCUUGGCACUUGAUUUGGAGGACAACUGGCUGUGCGGAGAGGGAGGGGAGUAUGCGGCCGCUAUGCUGAAGGAGAACUGCUACAUCACAGAGCUGAAUCUGGCCAACAACAAGCUAGGCAGUGUCGGGUGUGCGGCGAUCUGUCGCGUGCUGCACGCUAACGUCACCCUGAGGAACAUCGACAUGUCCGGCAAUGACCUGAGUGACAAGGAUUCGCAGACUAUCGCAGAGGCAUUUCAAGAGAAUAACAUACUGAAGUACGUCAACCUGAGUCACAACGGCUUUGGCUCCACUGACAGCAAGUUACUGGCGGACGCUAUAUCUGAGAACGAGACCAUCGAGCACCUUGACCUGAGCUGGAACAACUUCCGGUUGAAAAGCGCCACCUGCAUCUGCAAUGGGAUUGCGACCAACGGUCGAAUACGAGUUGUCAACCUUGCCAUGAACGGCCUUGGGAACGAGGGCGCGUUUGGAGUGGCGGAAAUCCUGAAGCAGUCGGGAACGAUCGCUCACAUUGACGUGUCACACAACAGGAUAGGAACUACCGGCGCCACCGUGAUUGGGAAGGCCCUGGAGGGGAACGACCUGCUAAAGACACUGAAGAUCGGACAGAACCCUCUCGGCGUCGAAGGGGCCAAGUCGAUAUUGAAAGGCAUCAUGCCGGAAGCUAGCUGCGUAGUGGAGCUGGACUUGACGGAAGUCGUGGUGGACAAGGAGUUCCGGUCUCUGAAACAGGAGCUUCUGGCGUCACGUGCCGUCGCCAUCGCCCACGGGCCUGUGCUCGAGGAUUUCGUCAUCCAGAUCAAAAGAAAACCGCCAACAACCUUGUUUGGAACGCCUAUAUCCGAGCUGACUUCUGAAAACAUUAUGACGUCAUUGAAGAAGUAUUGUGACGUCAACAACAUUGAGAUCUACGACGCACUAUUCAGCUAUGACGUCAUCAACGAUAGAAUGUUGGUGGCAGACAUUGUGAAGGCACUCUCGGAUGUGGGUGUUUCGCUGAGAGUGGCGGAGGCGGAAGUGCUGUCCAGACUGCUGGAGGGACACACAACUGGGGACGGGCUCGUGGACAUUAGCUCACUGAAGAUCUGAGCAACCCGGAACAGAUUUCCCGAAGGAUCUCACUUGUGGCGCAAUCAUCGCACUCGUCCUCGUGGGGGAAACAGCAGUCUGAUCGCGGUGAUGAAAACAACACGACUUCAUAAUGUUUAGAAAGAAUUGUUUCAAGAAACACAAACUGUUACUGUAUUCUUUUUAUGUGUAUUUAUUGUAUAUUUGUUGAAUAAUGUACUUGUACAAUGAACCACGUUCUGUGAAAUCCUGGCUUCGAAGAGAUUUCCUUUAAACAAAAAAUUCCACAAAAGCGUCAAAUGUCGUGCCUAAAUAUCGAUUGCGGACUGCAUUGUCUAGUCAUGGUUGACAUUUUACGCUCAUUCAUUAAACCCGGUUUUCCCAGAACGAGGCUUAAAUAAUAAUAAAAGAGGCUUGUAUCUUUUUACUUGAUCCAUUUGUUAAGGCCUCAUAUUGUUCACUUUGUGAAUUUUCGAAACACAGUUAUAAUUAAAUGUGUUGGCGUAUCGAUGUUUUAAACGCACAACUUAUGAAAAUGUUAUUACCGCUUGUCUCACGCCGGAUGUGCGGAUACUUUGAUAACAGAUGGCACUUCGAUACCAGAUAACAACAAAAGCCACGCGCGAGAGAUGAGUUCUUCCGCUUUUUUGCAUUUAUGUUUUGUUCAUUUGGUUUUCAGACACGUAACAUUGUUUGGUCGAUUAAUGGUAUAGUACUUCGUAUUGCGGUGCAAGAAAUUCGUGAAAAAAACAACAGUGGAUUAUAAAAAGAGAUAAAAUUUCAUCGAUAAUCAUCAUCAAUUCGAUGAUCAGUACGUAUUUCAACAAAAUAAAAAUACUUGGAAAUAAAUUAAGAACGUGCCAACUAAUCAAAAUAAAAGAUCAAUAUGUCCAUCAAUGUUACAACAUGUUAAAUUUUAGUUGAAUAACGUAUUUGAGGAAAUUCAAAUGUUUUAAGAGUCGGAUGCCACAUUUUCUAGACACUUCUUUUACCGAUCAUCUCGAAAACAAUGGCACUUCGAUUCCAGAUAACUCGACACUUUUUACCAGAUAUAACACACUCUAUUUAGUGAAUCAGAAAUGCAGAAUUCUCUGUGGAAUACUCUUAUAGUAAGCAGACAAUAAAUAAAAAUGUAUGUACCGACGUAAAUUAAAAACGAAUUACCGGAACAUGUUCUUAUCCCUUUGGAAUAUGAUUAUACAAGGGAAAGGGAAGUGUAAAGGGAAGUGCUUCCUAUAAGUAGAGCUCAAUAUAAAGGGAGUUUUUCAAUCUCUUUUAAAUGUAGGGGUACGCAUUAGUAUCAUCUUCAUGAUGCGAUUCUAAUGAGCACCAACGGCAAAGGAAUUUAUUAGGUGUAUUUGCCGCUUUAAGACCCCUUGCUCCCCUUAUCUAGAGUCCUGUUAAAAGUUCAAUUGAACACAGUCGUGUUUAUCCACAUGGUCCGUUGUAUUUUCAAUUCUCUUAAUCUCAAUUUACCACUUAAAAACAAGUUGAUUACUAAGACAAUUAUUUUCGGUCGUCACUUGAAAUAUAUUACUUCAGAAAUAAGCGCUUAUAAUAUUAAUUAUAUAAAUAAAUAGUAAUCAGAUUUUUGAAAACGAAUAACGCUAUUGGUUAUAUUUUACAUGUGUAUGUAAUUACGUUAUGCAUAGGUUCCCAAAUGUGUCGUGCUUGACAAUGCAAAUUGAUUCAUACUUCAAAAUGUUUGGUAAGAAAAGCCAUAAUAUACAUAAAUGCAUUUGAGGUAGAAGAUAAAACUCGGUUAUCAGAGUGCCCAAUAUGUUGAAAGUCUCUGUUAUCCGAAGCGCUCUAUAUCGGGGAUCAAAGUAUCCGCCACUUCAUGAAUACCACCUAUUAAAACAUGCUUUAUCUUCGUUUAUAUUUCAUAGAAUACUAUCAAAAUUUCAGUAUUGGAAGCACAGUGAUUACUCUACAUGCUGGAAUAUCAAACAUUUUCUUACAAUAUUUCUAAGUAGUUUUAUUUUGUUGAAAUGUUUACUGUUCCUCCAGUUUAUGCUGUUUUUCGACCGAAUUUUCUAUUUUUGGGAAAAAAUCUACUAUUCUUCCGUGAUUUUUUUUCUUUGCAAUAGAAAAGGAUACACCAUUUAUAAACUAUAUAGACCAUGCGCCUUUUCUAAAAAACAAAUCUUUAUGAUAUAACAUUAAAAUACCCCGAUGAACUUACCUCUCGCGCGUGGCUUUUGUUGUUAUCUGGUAUCGAAGUGCCAUCUGUUAUCAAAGUAUCCGCAUACCCAGCGUGUGUCUUCUUUAUGUUAAAUCUUUGCAUACACUUGACACAGUACGAACAACAGCGGAUUGCGCAGUGGAUGUAUUUCAAACAAUAUACACACAGCAUGAAAAUGUGUGUUGGAAUUCUUUUUAACUUUACACAUAUCCGAUACCUGUGAUAUUAUUUGCCGCUUAUAUAACCUGUUACAUAAUUGUUACAAAUAAACACACUAACUUCA